AUGGGGGAAGCCAACACGCUCGCUCGCCAGCUGAGCAACACUUCCGACGACAGCACCACCUCGCGACGGCCUACGACACCACGCUCGCAGACCGAUCCCUCGCCCGAGACUACCUCUACCUACCAACCACAACCCCGAAACCGUUCCCCAUACUCACGCUCUCACCUACGCUCACAUAGCGGAUCCAGCUCGCUCAGUGCACCCCCAAUGACACGAGCUCACUCAUUACCUACUGUGAUGCAUCCUACGGGGCGCCUCUCCCUCUCACCUUCUCCUACGCCGCUUGCCCAGCCUCUGUCUCCGCUGCGCUCGCCCAAGCGAACACGAAGCCCACGGGGGCUGGAGCCUCGACCUCUCACAGCGGGCCCCCUUGAGCGCUAUAGCUCGGGCAUCCGUUCAGCGUCCAUCGGCUCCUUCGACGGAGCACCCAGCGUGUGCGACAUAUCAGAAGACGCCGAGUUGGAGCUCACGCCUCGAGCAGGCGCUGGUGUGUCGAGCUUGUACAGCAGCACUGGGUCCCUGUCUAGGCGACGACGACCAGCAUCGCCUCUCUACCAGGUCUCUGUAGGGUUUGGUACCCUGCCCACGAGUACCCCUACCGUCAGUACACCAACGUCUGCAGCCUCCUCGCCUCUUCUCGCCCCCGCCAAGUUCAACGAGCACUACCCGGCCUCGCUUACCUCGUCGUCCGUCCCGUCUACGCCGACCUCGAUGCGUUCACGUAGCCCUUCUAUUUCGUCCCUUGAGACCAUCGAAGAUAGUCCCGAUGCUGAAGAAGAAGCCAUAGAGGAAUAUCGUGUCGCAAGGUUGAAGGCCGCUGCGGACCAAGAAGAUGGCGGCGACCAGAGGAGGUCUAGCUUGGAUGUGCCUGAAGGCCGUGGCCGCAGUCUCGGCUUCGGCAAGCGGGAUUCUAGGAAGAGAUGGAGCGUCUGUGGUGCUGAAAGGCGCGGAGACCUCGACCUUGAGACCAUCUGGGAAGAUUGA